CUUCAUUGUUCACUUAGUUUCGUGACUCAUAAUUCACCACUCACCACUCACCACUCAACAUUCACCGUUCGCCUCACUUGCCAUCCAAGAACCCCAAAAAUAAUUAUUUUUCAUCGAGUCCUAUUCACGCUACAAAACCUUGGAGGCGUUUACUUGAUCCGUGCACGCUACACCGCCUGCCGAAUAUAGCGAUUCUGCAACCCCGCCCACCACAACCUCACCCCUCCAAAUCGUUCGAACACCCGAACAUACCGACUUCUCAAGCUUCAGUUCCAACACCCGACCUCCUCCCAAUCUUCAUGGCGCCAAAAAACAAAGGCAAAGGCAAAGAAGCAGCUACAUCCUCCGAUUCCAAAGACGCAGACACGAAAGGGAAAGGCAAAGGCGGGGCAUCCGCGUCUGGGAAAUUAAAACCAGCAACUAGCAUCAACGUCCGACAUAUCCUCUGUGAGAAGCAUUCGAAGAAAGAAGAAGCGUUGCAGAAGCUAAGGGAUGGGGCGAAAUUCGAUGACGUUGCUAGGGAGUUGAGUGAGGAUAAAGCGAGGCAAGGUGGCUCUCUUGGCUGGAAAACCCGUGGUAGUUUGCUUCCUGAGUUCGAGAAAAUCGCGUAUGAGCUCGAGCCUAGUACGACUGGGAAUCCAAAGUGGGGCGAGGUGAAGACGAGGGAGGGGUAUCAUGUUUUGAUGGUUGAGGGGCGGAAAUGAAGGAGUACGAUAUCGAGCGCGCGAACAGGCUUGGGCAGGGUAGGCAAAGAGUUGGAGUGUGGAGGACGAUGGAUGAUCUCUUUUGGAUUGGGAUUGUGAAAGCAACGAGUCUUCUAGCUGGUGCGUACGUAGUGAGGUGACGUG